UUGACCUCCAGUUCAUCCCCGGCCACCGUAGACCUGCCUGCCCCCUUGACAACAAUCCCUGCCAAGAUCCGACUCAACUACCAGAACGGCGGAGUCGGCGCUGAAUGGAUGCUGUCGAGGAUUGAGGGCGAAACACGCAAAAGAGGGGCUCUGCGGGUGUCCCUCCGACUCCGCUAUGGGAUUCUGCGC